CACUUUUUUAUAUCCAGUUCUAGUGCAACAGUUAAAAUUUUGAAUAUACUUAUUUCGCGAAAUUCACCGAAUGUUGUGUGUCAUUUACGUCAGUUAUAAAAAAAUAUAAUGUUGCUUAGUAAACAUUAUUAUUCUAUUCAAUUGAAAAUAAAUAUAAGAUGAUGAAGUGAUAAAUAUAUUUCGAGGUUAUAGAGGAGUUGUGAUAUAAUAAGUAACAAAAUUAAAUGCAAAUCAUCAAACUUUGUAAUAAUAUUCCGAUUUUUAUCUCGAUAUGCACAGACAUGUGCUUUUUCUUGGACAUUUGCCAUUAUCAUGGAAAUAUAACAUUUUUAAGUUGACCUUAAGAUGUCUGUACAAAACACAAGCAAAUAAUAGAAUCAAGGAGUAUGAAGGCCGUAAAUUAGUAGGGUUUUCUGCGAAGAAAAUGUUUUAUGUGGUGUCCGAUGUAGAAAAUUAUAAAGAAUUUUUACCAUAUUGUAAGAAAUCUGAUAUUACAUUGAAAACCAAAGACCUUCUGAAAGCUAACUUAGUAAUAGGAUUUCCACCUAUAAAUGAAAGUUAUACUUCUAAGGUAACCAUGGUGUAUCCAAGAUUAGUCAAGGCAGAAAGUAAAGAUGGCAGAUUGUUCAAUCAUUUAGACACAUUAUGGAUUUUCACAUCUGGAUUGAAGAACAACCCCGAUACAUGUGUGAUUGACUUUUCUUUGUCUUUUGAAUUCAAGUCUGUCAUUUAUUCUCAUUUGUCAAAUUUAUUUUUUAAUGAGAUUGUAAGGCAAAUGGAGAAUGCCUUUCUUGAGGAAGCUAAAAGAAGAUAUGGUCAACCAUGUUUAAAGGCUAUACAGCUGCAAAGGUGACUGGACUAAAUAUUUAGGAUAAAAAUAUUUGUUUCUAUGAAUUAAUAAAUUUAUUUAUGGCUGAUACAAUUUUGUCAGUUUUUAUCUUAUUAAUUUAAGCUUAUCACCUUAUUGAAA